AUGCGACCGCCCAGGAACUUUGCGGGACAGAUCCCGGGUCCCUGCCUCCAUCCUGGGUCCCGACUUGCCUCCCGGUUCACCCGCUGCCUCCACACGCGCGGGAAGAAACUGCACCCUCCAGACGGCCCGCUGCAUCCUGCAGACGCGGGAGCUCCCGCCGGAGGUCCCCGGUUUGCCGUCACCGCAGGGACAGGGGAGGAGAAGGGGCCGCCUUACCUGGCGCGCGUCCCUGCUCAGGGGCGCUGUCGCGGCAGUGGCGCGCCCCGCGGGGGCCCGGGGGUUCUGGAAGUGACCGGCCGCGGCCCUGCCACACCUGGGCCGGAGCGGGUCGGCCGCCCUCCCCUCCCGGAGCCCGGAGCCCGUCUGCCCCGGGCGGCCGGUGCGGAGCGCGCGGGACGCUCCCGGUCCCGGAGGCGGAGCCCGAGAUAA